AUGUCGAAAGGAGAACCCGAGAUUUAUUACUCUGAAAAGUACUAUGAUGAUGAAUUUGAAUAUAGACAUGUCAUUCUUCCAGAAAAGAUGGCCGAGAUGAUACCUUCUGAUCGAUUACUUUCGGAACGAGAAUGGCGAGGGCUUGGAAUAACCAUGUCAAGAGGUUGGGUACAUUACGGCAAUUCACCAUCGGAACCACAUAUUCUUUUAUUCAAACGAGAAAUUCCACAAGGGGCAUCAAAUCCUCGUGUACAGCAAGAACAAGAAUAUAAUGAAAUGAUGAAGCAGCGAAAAAACCAGAAUUAA